UUCCAUUCUUUUACUUUUUAAUUAUUUAUUUGCAUUUGGAUUUAACUUGUAUACAUUGACGUGUAAAAAAUGUGUAAUCUAACUUGUGAGUACAUGGUAAUUAACAUUUUUAUCAGAUUAUUAAUAUUUAUCGUAUAGAUUUAUCUAUCACCAUAGGACACAUAGCUUUUGGUCACUAAAAAGCUUAUUUUCCUAUAGUGUAUAGUUACAUUAUAAUUGAUCUAUCGUGCAGAUAUUUUUGAUAUCGUCUAUGCAUUGAAAUUAAACUCUUGCAAAACACGUACAUUUCCUUUUGUUGCAUCUUCUUAUAAUUGACGUGAAGGUUUCUACUUAAAAUUAGGAGACAGUUUCAUAAGUGAUUAAGUGGGCAAUAUUUAAGAACUAGUAAAUUGACUCGUGCUUCGCGCAAUAAUAAAAUAUAUCAGUGAACUUAUUUUUACAAAUUUACUUGGGAUAGAAGAGACAUAAUUUUAUGUUAUAUGCAUAUAAAAUGUAGUUUAUUAUAUUGAUGGAAUCACAUAGAUAAAAUUUUAUUAAAAUUAGUGCUUAGAUGAACUGAAACUUUUUAUUAUCAAAGAUUCUUUAAAGAAAUAAAAAGAAAAAUAAAUUGAAGGGAGUAUAAUUUCUAAUGUGACGAAUGUGCGCUGCAGUCCGGCCGUAAUAGUUGUCUAAUUUAUAUGCAUUAUCCGUUGUUGUCUUAAUUUAUAUACAUUAUCCAUUAUUGCAUAUCUAGAUGAUUGUGUUUACUUAUAUACAUGGUAUAAUGUGUAUUUAAAAGUGAUUUUAAGGAAAUAUAAACUUCUUUACCCUGAAAAUCGGAUAACAAUUGAAUUUGUAAGUGGUUUUAAGGAUAUCUGUAUUAAAAUGAUACAAAGCGAUAAAUUAAAUAGCAAUUGAAAUAAAAUAUGGUAAAGUAAACUCAAACCACACGAAUUGAACAGUUAUAGCCUUAGAUGGUGAGCCAACCUCGAACAAAAUGCACUUUGAUCAAUGUCAAGAUACAAUUGAAUAAGAACUUUAAAGAGAAAAUAAUAGUAUAUUGCUUCUGAAUGCGUGUAACAGUCCCUUUUACAAGUAAUCAGACCACCUUUAUAUAGUAGAGGAGUCCUACUUUAGUUACAAUUCUAUAAAAGGUAAAAAUGUCCUGAUUUGCUGAUUUGCCAGUUCCUUAUCGAUACAUGCCGAGAUUCCCGCUGUAAUACUCGACCGGUCAUGGAUAUUUCGGUCUUCUGUUAUUUCAGUCUCAUGUUGGUUAUACUGGCAAUGUUUUCUCGAGCUCGUUCGAGGUUAGGGUCGAUUCAGGGAUCAUGGACUCGAUGUUCUCAAGGACGGGCAUUCUCACCUCAUGUUCUUGUUUGAUAGGACUCCGGGUCGAUCUUUGAUCCCUUACGUUCCGAGUCCAAUAAGUCAUGUAGUAGAUGAGCCCAGCUUCAACCGUAUAUAGAUAGUCCCCUCAUUUUUCAGAGAGUAAACAAUGAGAAACGAUAUGAGCUUCCGAUUCUCACCUCGAUACUCCGUGUCAGAAUCGACAAAAUGAACGAAACAUCUCGUCAGUCACGUCUCCAUGGCAUUAAAUCCUUGUCAGUUGUUGGUCGACCACUCCUGGAUUUGAACCGUCAUUUGAAAUCUAUAAAUACCCCCUUCCUUAUCCAUUCAAACUUUACUUCCAAACCUUCUACUCUUGCUUCUUAGAAAUUUCUCUAUUUUCCAACACUCACAGUUCUGGUUUCUUGAGAUCCUUGUGUGAAGAAUUUCCUUUGUCUCCACACUAAAUCACUAAGCGUACUGCUCUAACUUCCUCUUGUUCUUUUUCCUUCCAUCUUCAAAAAGAAAUGGCGAAGACUUCAAAAAUGGUUCCCUAAAAAGAAACUACUUCUACAUCACAGCCAGCUGGCGAGGAACCAGCGGUGGAACCUCCUCUUAGCACAUUCAUUCCUGGCAGGUGCUUGGUGACCGCCGAUUUUAAGGUUGAAAAACCUUCACCUGUACCAGGCCGGGGUGAGAAGGUCUCGAGGUACAUUUGCUCGAUCAGUGAAGAAAUUCUCCCCUCGGUUAAAAAGGACUACAACUGGGUCGGUAAAGACGUGGUGGUGCCCGGUCCCCAUGAAGAUAUCACUACUCAAGUCAAGGUUUUUUUUUUACACUUAUCCCUUUAUGAUGGGCCCGGUGGACCCGAUAAUCAUCCAUUUCUGCAAAAGGUACGAGGUGUGCCUCGGCCAGAUUCGCCUUUCGUUCUGGAGAAUCGUCAUCCUUCUCCAGUUCUUUGUCAGAAAGAUCGACAGAAGCUCGUUUACUGUCGACCACCUUAUGCGCCUAUACAGUCCCCGACUCUUUCGGUGGGGAAUCAUUAAACUUGCAUGCCGAGCUAGUAAAGCCCCGCUCUCGAGCAUCGAUGAAUAUCAUGAUCGAUGUUGGCUAGGCCAAUUUGUCUGAGUGAGGACCUCGGACCUGAUCCCAGCCGAGCAUAUGCCGUUCCCCGAGAAGUGGAACACAAAACCUGUUGCUCGGGACCCGAAUGCAGUCCCUCGACUCAAGGAGUGGGUCGAGGGCAUUGUUGCACAAAAUCCAUAUUUCAAGCGCGCAUGGCGCGAGCUCUCGAAGGGACGAUGGGAGGCCCGUUCUCAAGGUCUUUCUAAGGAUGUCGCAAUGAGGCCUCUAUCCGGCGACGAGGAUUGCCAUGCCGAGUCCCCUGCUCCGAGACGAGGUGAAGAGAAGAAGAGAGAAAGGGCUCCGAGUUCUCCGAACUCGGAAAAGAAGAAAACAAGGAGAAGGCUGGUGCGCAAAUCUAAGAAUAGCACCAGUGCUCGAGCGCCCUCUUCGGACUCACUCCACCGGCUGAGGAACGAAUCAGAAGAUGAAGAAGAAGCUCUAAACUGGUAGCCCAUAUACAGUCAGGGUUCAAGGGGCCUCUUAACAAAUGAGAGAUGAAACUGAAUUGCCUCAACUCAGAGCGGCUGAUGAGGAGGCCGUGGCCGAGGCUUCGGAACCAGGAGGAGGCGAGGCUGUUUUGCCCUAAGUUAGGGAGGCCGAUAAGUAGGUUGUGGCCGGUGCUUCCUGGGUAGAUGAUAGUAUCCCAAAGGACACACUCGGUGUGAUAGACCUCUCUGUGUCACCUUCGUUCACUGAGUCCAUGUUCACCGAGGCCCAGUUGUGGAAAGGACGCCCCAACGAGGGGUUAAAAAGGGUGGAAGACCCCUUUCACUACUUUUUUAUGGCGUAUACUCUACCGCCUCGGAGGACGUCAUCGGGUUGGGUGAUUUACUGGUACCAAGGAAGAGUCCAUCAUCGGGAAUGACUGGACCUUCCUCAAGUCUGAAACUAGUCAACCGGUUUCCAGCUCCAAGUGCGAAACAUGACCGGAAGUGAUCGAUCAUUAUGUCUAUUUCGGAGGAUGCCUGGGUUCUCUCCGUCGCCGUAGGGGUGGCCAGUUACCUUCGUUGCUUGGUCACUGAGGAAGACCAAGCCAGGAUGAAGGAGGUAGAAGUGCCCUGCCUGUUCAACGAUGCUCAACAGGCAUUAAACCGGGCCUAGGUGCUUCAUCACGCGACUUUUCUCCGAUACUGGGAAGAGGUAAAAAGCAGUAUGAGGCCGUGAUCCGAGGGCUCACUAAGAAAAGAGAUGCUUACAAACUUCUCGGUGAGCAACGCGAGGGGGAGGCUAGGAGCCUCGGAGCUGAGCUAGAGGCGGCUCGGAAGGAACAUGCUGACCUGGUGGAAAAGGUAAAAGUCUUUGAGUUUAGUGACGAUGAGCAAAACUCGAUGACUAACGCUCCAAAUCCGCAGGUCCAACAGUAUCUUGAUCGGAUUGACCAACUUCGGGGUAGAGAUGGAAGUGGUAAAGUCCGAGGCCGAAGAAUAGAAAAGCAGAAUGGAUCGCUUGGCCUCAGAAAAGGAGCCCGGACACAAUUGGCAUCAGUUGAGGUCUAGCUCCGAGCUGUGAAGGAAAAGGCCUUGGUGCUGGCCAAAAAGAUUGAAGAGCGUGAGUCUCAGCUUAGUUCGUCUGUCUCUGAUCAAGAAAAUCAGGCCAAGGAGCUUGGAACGGCCAAGUCGGAGGCCGAGGUGGUUAAAGUAUAGGCCGACGAGAUGGUGGCCGAUUAUAAAGCCGAUGUCGAGGCGGCUCAGGUUCGGGAAAAUAAUAUCAUUGAGUACGCGAAGCGGCAAUCUCAAAGGGAGGCCCUCGAGGAAAUUCAUGCUCAGGGUUUUGACUUAUCGGCAGAGAUCGAGAAUGCCAAGGAGCUCAAAGCCGAGGCCAAAAAAUUGGCCUAUCCCGAAGACGAUGAAGAUUACGAAGAUGCGUCCGAGGGUGGGGGAGACCCCGAAGGCGAUGAUGCGGCCCCCGACAAAGACUAGGCCACUUAGGCUCUUUUGUUUAUUGCUUUCUGUAUUACCUUUUUGUUGAGGCCAUUUGGCCUCUGUAAAAAUUUGUGUCGAGGCCGUUUCGGCCGUUGUAAACAUCUUUCAAUAUGUAUAUAUAAGCUUUUUUCCCUUCA